AUGUCUCACAAGGCCCAUGAUAUUAACUGUGAGCGCCUGUUGAUUACGGGUGUCACUGGCUAUAUUGGAUUCAGAACACUCACAGUUGCCCUCGUAAGAGGAUAUCGUGUUCGCGCUGUCGUUCGAAGCGAACGUAAUAUCAACGAACUGAAAGAUAAAUGUACUAUCAUCGCACCGAGUCUUGAUCGGGAACAACUCGAGUUUGCUGUCAUUCCAAACUUUUUUGAAUCAGAUGCAAUCUUCAAGUCACUUGAAGGGAUUACUGCCAUUAUUCACCUUGCGUCACCGUUAGCAAUCGAGACCGACGAUUAUGAUGUUGAAAUCGUUAAGCCAGCUAUCUCGAUGGUGAUUACUAUUUUGGAAGCAGCCACUCGAAUGGCAUCAAUUCGUCGGCUAACUCCUUCCACAGGCGUUACCCUGAUUCCAUUCGAAUGGAAUAUCAACCCCGACAGCGAGCGACUAUAUUAUGGUAUGCCAACUCAUAAUCUAUUUCGAUCUUCAGUGGACGAUGUGAAUACCAGUGUUACUGGUCCUUUCUCGACUGCAAUGGAAGCCUACUGGGCAUCCAAAGCUCUUGCACGAGUUGCCACUAAAGCAUUUGUUGCCCAUGAGCACCCAAACUUCGACUUUGUCAACCUCCUGCCCUCAGUGGUAAUUGGACCAGACGAUCGCCUGGACGCAGAUCCGACUGCAACAGUCGACAGCCUCCUUCAGGGCACACGGGCAGCGGUUCUUGCACCAGCGCUAAUAUCCUCGCUCAACUCCUCGUUUCCCUAUGUUGGCACGCCAGUUCAUGUUGCCGAUGUCGCGCGCGCACAUGUUGAUGCCGUAGACGCUGGUUUGGUUCCUGGAAAUUUCGAGUAUAUUCUGUCUUCGGAUACUCCAAACGGGGUGGUCUGGGAUAGAGAUGUUCAAGCUGUCUGUAAAAAGUUCUUUCCGAAAGAGGUGACGAGUAAAAGGUUGGCGCUCGAAGGGUCUUUGACGGCAAUACAAUGGAGGCUCAGUGCCCAGCAGACGGAGGAAACGUUUGGUUGGAAGUUUACCAGUUUUGAGGAAACCAUGCGACAGCUUCUGUCGCAGUACUUGAAGCUCGAAGAAAGGUCGCGAAAGUGA